AAAGGAUCUUCUAUUUAAAAUUUUCAUUUAAAAAAAAAUGCAACUUGUGACUAUUUUUUUAGAUAAUUAUCUGCUAUUAAUUUUAGGUUUCCUAAAAAUGCAGAACGAAGAGCAGCUUGGAUACGAGCUGUUCGAAGAGAGAAUUGGAUGCCAACUUCCUAUUCACGACUUUGUUCGGAUCAUUUUUCUGAGGAUCAGAUUGACAGAACUUCAUUAUGCUGUGUAAGACUGAGAGAAAAUGCUGUGCCUAAUAUCUUCAAAGCAUUUCCACUUCAUCUGCAGAAGACCAAAAAAACACGAAAAGUUCCUGCAGAACGUCUUCUUGAGGAUAAAAAGAAAGAGGAGCCUGUAUUAUGUGAACCACAAACUAGUGCAACGUCUGUUGAAUAUUCUCCAUGCAAGCAACAGCUGAAGCGAAAGCUGCAUAAAGCUGAAGAAUUAAAUAGUGUCUACAGAAAGAAAAUUAAGCUGUUGCAACAAACUGCACGUAGACAGAAAAGGACUAUCUGCAAUUUGAAAACUGUUUUAAAAGAUUUAAAAAAGAGCAGGAUAAUAAAUGAUGAUUAUCUGGACAUUUUAAGAAAAUCAAUUCCUGUUAAUGAAGAACUUCUUUUACGGGAAUUAGCAACGUGUGGGAAAGGCCAGUUACCAAAACAUUACGGUAACGAAUUAAAGGCUUUUGCUUUAACUCUUCAUUUUUAUUCACCUAAAGCAUACAAAUAUGUUAGAAAAACAUUCAAUUCAUGUUUGCCACAUACCAAGACUCUAGCAAACUGGUACAAAUCUAUAAAUGCAGCACCUGGUUUUACACCUGAAUCUUUGAAUGCAUUAGAUAAUGAAGUUAAGAGCACUUCAUACCAUCGCGUUUUUCAUUGA